AAGUUCAGAGAAAACUAAAAGUGUUUCAUGAUUUCCUCGAUAUUUCUGCCACUCAGACUCUGAACACAAUCAACAUGGCGCGAGUCCCAAGCAUCAAGCAGAGAAACCAUGCCGGCAUUCCCUCGGACAAAGACGACAUUAAAAAGGAAAACACGUGGGAGGAGGAGAGAAGAAAGGCAGAUGAACAGCGAAGAAAGAAAUAUCAGAACUACAGACUACUCAGGGAGGAAAGAUUAACGAAGAUCAGGAAAAAGUAUAGUAUAGAGAAGGGAUGUGGUUCCUCCCCAAGUAUGAAUCUGAUAGAUGAUGUUAAAAAACAAUUUUCGUUGAACCCCAGAGAGGUAGAUGAGCUUGAGCAAGGAGUUAAACGUCUAGAACUGAAUCGACAAAUGUCCACUGAUCGUCUAGAGCUGGCAACUAAGAAGAAGAAGAAGCUUGAAGCUGUGAGAGAACGAUGUGGAAUCCAGUAAUUCAAAACAAUGUUUGAAAUAUUGAAUGUACAAUAAAUUGUAAACUGAA